GCAGACUUUAAUGCAAUACCAGCAUUUUGCCUGACCCCGCCCUACAGCCCUUCUGAUUUUGAGAUGUCGCAGGUGGCCCAUGUGGGGACACCCCUGCCUGCUGCAGCGCUCAGCAAGUCACCCUCCGAGGCUGCCAAGCCUCCUCUGGCCGCAUCUCGGAGGGAAGCGGAGAGGCCUCCAGCAGCCAGGCCUCUGAAGGCUCAAGCGACCAGUGUUAUCCGCCACACGGCUGAUGCCCAGCUUUGUAAUCGCAGAACCUGCCCGGUGAGAACCGCCAGCGUGCUGAAAUACCAGGACAGCGUCUCGAGGGAAGCACGCAGUAAGCGAAGCGCAGAAGCAGAACAGUCGGCGCGUCCCACUGACGCGCCGAGCAGAGCCGGUGAUGAUAGCGGUGAGCUGCCAGCGGCAGAAGGGAAACCCGCAGAACUCGCUGUCGGUCCGGUGCCCUUGGCGAAGCCAUCGGCAGGGGUGGCACUGCCGUGCCCUGCCCAAGGCAGCGGAGCUCCCCCCGUGCCAGUGAUUUGCCAGAUGGUCCCGCUGCCUGCGAACAACAACGUUGUGACGGCCGUGGUGCCCAACACCACACCAAGCCAGCAGCCGGCUCUCUGUCAGCCCAUGGUCUUCAUGGGCCCUCAAGUUCCCAAAGGUGCCGUUAUGUUUGUCAUGCCCCAGCCGGUUGUGCAGAACACAAAGGCUCCCAUUAUUAGUCCGAACGGCACGAGACUCUCUCCCAUUGCCCCUGCUCCCGGCUUCGUACCUUCUGCAGCAAAAACCACUCCUCCGGUUGUUGAUUCUUCAAGAAUAAGAAGUCACAUUUGCAGCUACCCAGGAUGUGGGAAAACAUACUUCAAGAGCUCCCAUUUGAAGGCUCAUGUCAGAACACACACAGGAGAAAAGCCGUUCAGUUGUAGUUGGAAAGGCUGUGAGAGAAGGUUUGCACGGUCUGAUGAACUGUCUCGCCACCGCAGAACGCAUACUGGGGAGAAGAAGUUUGCCUGCCCGAUGUGUGAGCGGCGGUUCAUGAGGAGCGACCACUUAACAAAACACGCGCGUCGCCACUUAUCGGCGAAGAAGCUGCCAAACUGGCAAAUGGAAGUGAGCAAGUUAAACGAUAUUGCCCUGCCGCCAGCAUCUGCGACCGCACAGUGA